GGGAUCUUUUACAAUGACAGCUACAUGGGUAGGAGGAGGAUUUAUAAAUGGAACAGCAGAAGUGAUUUAUCAGGAUGGAUUUGUCUGGUGUCAGGCUCCAUUUGGAUAUGCUCUCAGUCUUGUAUUUGGUGGUUUAUUCUUUGCCAAAAAGAUGAGAAAUGAAGGAUAUGUAACCAUGUUAGAUCCAUUCCAACAGAAAUAUGGUGAGAGGAUGGGAGGAUUAUUGUACUUACCAGCAUUGUUAGGAGAGGUCUUCUGGUCAGCUGCUAUAUUAGGAGCAUUAGGAGCCACAUUAUCUGUGAUCAUAGAUCUGGACACAAAAUCUUCCAUUGUGAUAUCUUCAUGUAUAGCUGUUUUUUAUACUUUGUUUGGAGGCCUUUACUCUGUGGCCUAUACAGAUGUAGUCCAACUUUUCUGUAUAUUUAUUGGACUAUGGUUAACUAUUCCAUUUGCUAUGGCAAAUGAGGCUACUACUAAUAUUGGUUUCAACGCAACAACAAAGUGGGUGAAAGAUUUGGAUCCUAAGUAUACUGGUAGUUAUAUGGACAGCUAUUUGUUGUUGAUAUUUGGUGGUAUUCCUUGGCAGGUAUACUUCCAGAGAGUUUUAUCAGCAAAGACUGCUGCAAAUGCCCAGAUUUUAUCUUUUGUUGCUGCUGUAGGAUGUAUUGUCAUGGCAUUACCAGCAGUACUGAUUGGUGCUAUAGCAACAGAAACAGACUGGAAUAUGACAGAUUAUGUACAGGUUGAAGGACAUAGUCCAGUGUUUGAAAAGGAUGAGGUUAAGUUAAUUCUACCAUUAGUAUUACAAUAUUUGUGUCCAGUGUGGGUAUCAUUCUUUGGUUUGGGAGCUGUGUCUGCUGCAGUUAUGUCGUCUGCUGAUUCUUCCAUUCUGUCUGCCAGUGCCAUGUUUGCCAGGAACAUUUACAAAUGUGUAUUCAGACAAAAGGCAUCAGAGAAAGAGAUAAUAUGGGUAAUGAGAUUUGGUAUAUUUGGUGUUGGAGCUUUGGCCACAGCUAUGGCAAUCGAAGUAGAUUCCAUCUACGACCUAUGGUUCCUGUGUUCAGACUUAGUCUAUGUUAUACUUUUUCCACAGUUAGUGUCUGUGGUCUAUCUGAAAGGAACUAACACAUAUGGAUCUCUUGCUGGAUUUAUCUUAGGAUUAUUUUUCCGCAUUGCUGGGGGUGAAGAAAGUAUGAAUAUUUCUCCAAUAAUUAAAUACCCUUGGUACGAUGAAGUAGAAAAGGCGCAAUUAUUUCCCUUCAAAACUUUAAGCAUGAUCAUGUCAUUUGUGUCUAUUAUAGGAGUAUCUUAUCCACUUAAGUACUUAUUUGAGAGUGGAAUGAUUCAUCGCCGCUUUGAUGUAUUUAUGUGUAUUGUAAACACUCCUGAAGAAACAUUAUCAUUAGCUGAUAAAGGACCAUCAGAAUUAACAGCCAUUACACCAACAAUAGAGAGUCGUGGACAAAUAAAUCCUGCACUUAAGAUCUCAAGAGAAGAUUUACAUAAAGUAAAUGGAACGAUAUCUGCAGAUGAAAGAUCUCUAUUACAUCCCAAAACUGGACAAGUAGAUGAUGAUUAAAGAGAAAAAAAUAGAAAUUCCAAUUUAUAUUAUUCAACCAAAGCUUUUAAAAAUCAGUACUUGAAUACAAAGAUGUUUUAUUAUUUAAGUAAUUUACUCCGAUGAAAUUUAUUGCAGUAGUUCAGAUUUGGUUUUUUACUUAUUCUUGGCUCUACAUCUUUGGUAAAUGUUAUUGCAAUGGUUCAGAUUAAGUUUUUACUUAAUCUGGGCCCCACAUCAAAGAUUUGGAUGCCCUCUUGUUGUCCCUUUGUCUGUUUGUCCAUCACUAUUUUCUUUAGGCAUAACCAAUAGUUUAUCAUUAUUUUAUUGAAUACUCUUUUGUAUAAUGCCAAAAGAAUAUAUUUACAAAACUUAAAUAUUGUUUAUCUAGAAUUAAAAAACUAUUUUGUGGUAUGCAUUCCAGGGUAUAUGUUUAAACAGGUUUUAUUGUUUUACAUUUUAGAAUAUCUUUUUACACAACAUUUUAUUUAUUUUUGUCAGAUUAUAAUUGUUUUAAAAAUACAACUUUCCAUGUUACAGUUUAUUUGUAUAUCAUGUUAUUAAACAGACGACUACGGUACUUCCUUUUGUCUGUCAUAUGUUGUUCUUCUUCAUUUAAGAAUUGAAUGCUUCUUUUUGUAAAUUUAUUGGGGUGUAAAAGCGUUGACCGAAGUAAAUUUUGUAUGAAGUGCAGAAGGGCUUCAUUCUAAAAAUGUGUGCACGGUCAACACUUUUACAACCCUAUAAAAUUACUAAAAGAAGCAUUCAAUACUUAUAAUUACAUUUUUUCCUAGGAUCAUGAAAACACGAUUUCUAUCAAGUUUUUCUUUUAUUUACCUGUGCACUUUAUUGUGGAAGCUUGUGUCAUCAUGAAUGUUACAUUUCAUUUUGAAAUGAAGGUUAAUU